UGAAUUUAUAUGUUCCACAACAAUUAAAAUCUUAGAAAGUGUAGCAAUGAUGAAAAUCAACGCUUUUAUUUUGUGUUUCUUUUGUGGAUUGUUUCUUUUAUCUCUUGUGGCAAGUGAGACAUCCAAAGAUGGUUAUGCAAAAGACUCAAAGAAAAAUGUUUUGGUAGAUAAGUUUGAUGGUGGCCGAAAACUGAAGCUAGCACGACCUCCUAAGCCUGAAGUUGAUGCAGGAAAGAAAAUAUGGGACGAAAGGUUGAAGGAAAAGCAAACAAGAUUGAUGGAAAGGCAAAGGGAAAAGGAAAAGGAAAAGGAAAGGGAAAGGUCGAAACAUAGACCAUAUGAAGAUUAAGCCUAAGGAUUCAAAGAUCGACUUCGUUAAAAAUUAGAUGCAUAAAUUAUCACACGCUUAUAAAUUAAGUAAUGUUGUAAAAGAAAUAUAAAAUCAAACAUAGACUAUCUUUAUUGUGGGAUUGCGUGAAUCAAUAGUAAUAAGAUCGGUAUUGUAUACCCUUCAAAAAAUAUUGAUGUUUUAUAUGGGUUU